AUGGUCCUCCAUCAGUACGACUACCUCCUGGCGGUCGGCACCAUCUUUGCCUUCCUCGACGCCUGGAACAUUGGUGCCAACGAUGUCGCCAACUCGUGGGCCAGUUCCGUCUCCUCCCGCUCCGUGACCUACCUCCAGGCCAUGUGCGGCGCCUCGCUCAUGGAGUUUACUGGAGCGCUCGGUGUCGGUGGCCGCGUCGCCGACACCAUCAGGACCAAGGUCGUCGAUGUCAAGGCUUUCAGCGACAAGCCCGCCCUUCUCAUGCUCGGCAUGGUCUGCGCCGUCAUUGCCUCCUCCCUCUACCUCACCAUGGCCACCAGGUUUGGUAUGCCCGUCUCUACUACGCACUCGAUUCUCGGUGGUGUUCUCGGUAUGGGCAUCGGUGCUCUCGGCAACAAGGGUAUCACCUGGGUUGGCUACACCAAGAGCGGCAAGCUCGAUCUGAAGCAGGGUGUUGUCCAGGUUUUCCUGGCCUGGAUCAUAGCUCCCAUUCUGUCCGGUGCCUUUGGUGCCAUCAUCUUCCUCAUCACCAAGUACGGUGUUCUGCUCCGCUCCAACCCCGCCGCCAAGGGCCUCUUUCUCGUGCCCAUCUACUUUUGGCUCACUUCUUCUCUCAUUGUCAUGCUGCUGAUCUGGAAGGGUGGCGACUACAAGAUCAACCUGACCGAGGCCCAGAUUCCUGGUGUCAUUGUCGGCUCCGGUGCUGGCUUCGCCCUCCUCAUCACCCUCUUCCUCGUCCCCUGGAUGUACCGUGUCGUCAUCAAGGAGGACUGGCAGCUCAAGGGCUGGCACAUUAUCCAGGGUCCUUUCCUGCUCCGCCGCGGCGAGGUUCCCCCUCCUCCUGAGAACUUCACCGGUGUCGUUCGCAACUACUACGAGGGCCACAUGACCCGCGAGGAACUCGACGCCCGCCGCAACCGCAACGCCGCCGUUGUGACUGACGACAUCGAAGGCCAACACGAGAAGAAGGCCGUCUCGGAGACGUCCGAGGAAGAGGUCCCCAAGUCCACUCACAAGUCCAUGAUCGGUCCCAAGCCCGAGGGUGCCUGGUACACAGCCCCUGUUGCCUUCUGGUGGCUCAAGUGGGCUGUUCUCCGCGGUGUCGAUCAGGAUGUUGUCAGCUCCCAAAGCGAAAAGUCUGUCAUUGCCGGUGACGUUGAGGAGAUUCACGCCCGCGCCCGUCACUUUGACAACAAGGCCGAGUUCCUCUACACUUUCCUUCAAGUCAUGACCGCUGCCGCGGCCUCCUUCACCCACGGUGCCAACGAUGUGGCCAACGCCGUCGGUCCCUAUGCCUCCAUCUACCAGAUCUGGAAAACCGAGGUCAUUCCCCUCAAGGCAGAGGUGCCUCGCUGGAUUCUUGCUUUUGGCGGUGCCGGUAUCUGCAUUGGUCUCUGGACCUAUGGCUACCACAUUAUGCGCAACCUGGGUAACCGCGUCACUCUCAUGUCGCCCUCACGUGGUUUCUCCAUGGAACUCGGCUCUGUCAUCACCGUCAUCAUGGCCACGCGUCUCCAGCUUCCCGUUUCCACCACACAGUGCAUCACGGGUGCCAUUGUCGGUGUCGGCCUCUGCAACGGUGACUGGCGCGCCAUUAACUGGCGCAUGGUGUCCUGGAUCUACCUUGGCUGGUUCAUCACGGUGCCCGUUGCCGGUCUCAUCUCUGGUAUUCUCAUGGGUUUCAUCACGUUUUCUCCCCACUGGUAG